AGGAGACGAGUAGCGGGAAACUUCUCAGUGGGGCCCGUGGUGGUGUGGUGGCCACAGUUCACGGCGGCUGCGGCAUCAUCCAGGAAAGUCGCAGCGCUUCCCUCGACGAUGGGAGGCGACGCUCAGGAGAAGCGAGCGCUCGAACAGCUUAAAGAGGCUCUACGGGAUAUUUGGCAAGACCAGUUCACUGACCCUUACCUGCUGCGCUGGCUUCGAGCACGAGACUUCGAUGUGGCCAAGGCACAAGAGCUUCUGCGCAGAAACCUGCGGUGGAGAGAGGAGAAUCAGAUCGACACAUUGAUCGAGCGGUACGAGUGCCACCCGGUUCUGAAGAAAUACUUUCCUGGUGGAAUAUUUAACCAUGACCGAGAGGGUUGCCCCGUUUACAUCGUACCGAUAGGACACGGCGACUUCAGAGGCAUGCUGCAGUGUGUGUCCAAAGAAGAUUUCGUGCAACGCGUAAUCUACACGAUGGAGCUGAUGCAACGUGACAUGGACAGCCAAACGCGAAAGCUGGGGAAGACUGUGAACACGGCCAUUUUCCUCUUCGAUUACGAAGACUUCAGCCUAAAGCAGGUCUACUCCUGGCAAGUCCUGGAACUCAUCCGAGCGUUGGUGGCGCUUUACGAAAACAACUAUCCAGAAACUCUCAAGAUUGGUCUACUUAUAAACACCCCAGGCUUCUUUCCCGUAUUCUGGAAGAUUGUUCGGCCAUUCCUCACCGAAAGAACUGCCAGCAAGCUGCACGUGUUCACGCGUGAUGGCUGGCAACAGGUUCUGCUGAAACACGUCGACCCUAGUCAGCUGCCGGCCCACUGGGGAGGCACGAUUGUGGAUCCCAUAGGUGGUGCCCGCUGUACGCACGUGAUUGGCCCCGGAGGCGAGCUUCCAGCUACUGUGUGGCGCGGCGGAGGCGGGCUGGCAACCGACCCCGAAGCCGUGAACUGCUUUUUGGAGCGGGGCGGCUCCAUCGAGGUGCCGGUCCAGGUCGAGGCAGCGGGCGCCAAGCUUCACUGGCGGCUUCAAGCGCGAGACGUGGCCUUUGCCCUGUGGAGGACAAGCGGCGAAAGCCGCGUCCAGGUGCUUGGACCGCGAAGGAUAGCCUGCGACCGGGACCCCGAGUGCGGACAAUUGCAGUGCGAGGAGCCCGGAACAUACACGUUUCUCUUCGACAACAGUUUUAGCUGGUUCACCGGAAAGCAGCUCUCCUAUGUGAUACGAGUGCACCACGAAUCCUUCGCCAGCGUCAACGACACCAUCCAGUGCUGAAAAAGCUUUUUCAUAAGAUUCAAGAUGUGUACAAAAUGUGUUAAGAUCCAUCAUAAAAUGCGUCCUAUGGACUGCGACGCCAGCAUAACAGUAUUUUCUCAUUUCUACGACCCUUUCCUGUUUAAGUACGUGACAGUAUAUUUACCGUUGCAUUCGCCACUUAAUACGUUAAAAAAGAAAGGAAGUGCCGAGCACCAUAAACAAAGGGUGCUCGUCAUCACUUGGCCCUAAAGCCAGCUUAGUUCCUCAAUGCCCCACACAGGACAUUUAGGCCCAUGCAGGCCUGCGCACCUGCUCAGGCUGACCUCUCUGUCAGUAUUGCUAAUGACAUCUAUCUCUCGCCCACCAACUACUCAUUCAAACAAUACAGCCCAAUCCACUUUGUAGGCGCUGAUACAGAUUUUGCCGUGAAUUUAGAACAAUAUUAUCUCUCUGACGGCUGUGAGAGGGCAUUCAAACGGAUUCGUUGUAAGAAUUAUCGCAGCCUGCGCGCCGUUGAAUCUUCUCUUAUGUCGCGCGAACGAAACUAACGUCGAUGGCGAACCAUCGACGUCCUCGGUAGCAGGAAGGAAAGGGCACCUUAUUGUCGAAUUUGCCCUGUUAUAUACGUCACCUUUGGGGUGUAAUUGGUUGGUUAGUUAAGGUGUUCGCUACAGGCGGCGUCAGCCUGGCAAUAAGGGCCGGCAAUUGCUCCGCCUCUUGGUCCCUUUCACUGUUCAAUAAUCUGCUACCACAUGUCUAUGAGUUCAGUCUGGUGUAGAUAGGCGAGUGCAAGGCGUGAGACUUCCGUACGAACUAUCCUCGGCCCUUGUGGGUUGGGCUUACUGACUAAACAGGCACAAGGUUAUUUGAUACAUGGACAGACUCUUUUCCAGACAGCGUUAUUUACCCGUAAAGUAGUCGCCGAGAGCAUGGACUCUAAGGGCCCAUUCACACUUGCGACUAGGCGAGGUCGCGCGACCGAUUGCGACUGGCGACCAGAAAGCUACUCAAGACGAACGAUGUUCACACUGAGAAAUGCGACCGACAAAUGCUAAACCGAAAUGUCUCACGAUAUGCCGUUCACGUCUGCUUGAAAUGUCAUCGCCGCGUAAAAUAAGCGUCAGUGUAUACGGACAUCCUGUUCCUUCGCAUCUGAUUGGUUCAGCUGUUCUGCGACUGCGGUCGCGCGACUGAAAAAUCGAGCAGGGCGCGACUGGCCCGAAACGGUCGCAUUUCGAGAAAAGCGACCAUUUGCGACUACUUGCGACUGGUCGCUUUGCGACUAACUUGGUCGCGCGACCUCGCCUAGUCGCAAGUGUGAAUGGGCCCUAAGGCUAAAGAAAACGCCACGACGUCAACUAAUGUCCAUAUAGAAAAUCUCGCCGAAAGGAAUGGAUUCAGGGUUCAGGCCUUGGCCCGUUCCUAUUUGCUGGUGUUGCUUCUAAGCGAAUAUACGCGUCUUCAAGCAGAACAUUCUCACGUUUAGAGGGGAGUGCACUACGUAACAGCAGCGUCACUUCUUCCUCAGAAGGUGCAGCCCCGUCGAGCUCUCCCUGGAUAAGCGACCACGCCCUAUCCAUAGAUCUUCGCCACAGGUUUUUUGCGGCCCUUUUUCUCCCUUACAGCAGACAACUUUGCUUCUCGCGAGGGAAUAUUCCAUACCUUUUUAAUUAGUACCCCUUGUGAAUAUUCCUUGUCACUCCAAUCCGUAAUACGUUGUCGUCUCCGCACCGCAUCAGAAGCGAAUGAAAUUUCUGUCGCGCCAUUCGCAUUUCUACCGACAACACGGGAUGUUACCGACCCUGUCCGCAUUCAUCAAUUCCAUCUCUGACGUCAUUAAGCCAUAAUCACCAUCGGCUUUUGACAGCGUGAGAACCAUCGCAGAUAGCUCGAAAUGUUUUACCCAGGCACUGCGGUUCGUCUUCUAUUUAUUACAGAUAUCUUCACGAAACAUCUCCAGUGGUAUCAAGCUCGGCGAACAGCAAAUACAUCGAGUGUAGUGCUCACAGCUAGUAAACAUUCAAAAUAAAACAGCUCCCAUUUUCAGUCUGAAGGUCAUUUCGUCGAAGGAUCGGGCAUGCGACGACCAGCACAAUAUGCCAGCCUU